UGAUCAAGCAUUCGGAGGACAGGAGAAUAUGGGAGUCAUUCUAUGCGGAAGUGCUUCUAACCAUAGAUGUCAAUGUUGCUCUGAAGAGAGAGAAGUCUCACGACAAGACAAUAUUGAGCCUAAAGUGGUGGAGUAUGUUGCAAAGCUGACAGAAGAUUCCAGCAAAAUGCCUCAGCCAAUGACAUCAUUGCAACCACAAUGGUUCCAUACACUUCAGACACAAAAAUCCAAAAGAAUACAGCAACGCCGCCUCAGUGAUCCCUCCCAGGAGCUGGUUUUGGCAGAGAAAUUCCAGUGGCAAAGAAGAGGUCUUCCAUUUGGAAAUGCUUCAUCCUACUUGAAUCUGGAGAAGCUGAACGAGGGUUCCCACUCAACAGUAUACAAAGGGAUCAGCAGAAUAUAUGGACAGCUGGUAGCUCUGAAGGUCGUCAGCCUAAAGACUGAGGAAGGACUCCCUUUUACAGCCAUAAGAGAAGCAUCUCUUCUCAGGGGCUUGAAACAUGCCAAUAUUGUGCUCCUUCAUGACAUCAUCCAGACCAAAGAGAAGCUAACAUUAGUGUUUGAGUACAUGCAUACAGACCUGGCACAGUACAUGUUCCAGCAUCCUGGUGGGCUUCAUCCCCAUAAUGUCAUGCUCUUCAUGUUCCAACUCCUGCGAGCCUUGGCUUACAUCCAUGAACAUCACAUCCUUCAUCGGGACCUGAAACCACAAAAUUUGCUCCUCAGUUGCCAUGGAGAGCUCAAGUUAGCUGACUUUGGCCUGGCUCGUGCCAAGACCCUCCCUAGUCAAAUAUAUUCUCCUGAGGUGGUGACACUUGAAUAUCGGCCUCCUGAUGUGCUACUGGGAGCCACUGAUUAUUCUUUAGACAUUGAUAUCUGGGGUGCUGGCUGUAUCUUCAUUGAGAUGUUUCAGGGACAGCCACUGUUUCCAGGAGUUUGUAACACCUUUGAACAGUUGGAGAAGAUCUGGGCGGUACUGGGAUCCCCAAUGGAGGAAACUUGGCCAGGACUUUCCAAGUUUCAACGUUAUAAGCCAGGGAGGUUCUUCUCCAGUAGACCUCAGAAACUCAGAAUUAUCUGUGACAGGUUGGGCAGGGUGCCUGAGGCUGAAGACUUGGCAGCAAGAAUGUUGAAAGUUUGUCCCCAAGACAGGAUCUCUUCCCAGGAAGCCCUUGUUCAUCACUUCUUCAACCCCUUGCCGUCACAGUUGUACCAGCUUUCCAAUGCCCAGUCCAUCUUCACAGUCCCCGGAGUGAAGCUGAAUCCAGAAAUGUGUGAUCUGUUUGCUUCAUAUGAGAAAGGCCAACCUCUGAUCACUUCAAGCAAGUUUUGGUGAAAUGAAAAAAAGAAGAAUUAUAGUCUGGCAGUGGAGGGGGAGGAGUGCUGCUUAUCAUGGCUCUUUGUGGCCAUGGCUGAUACCCACAAUAGUUUGAGGAGUCUGGAAUCUGGAUACGUCUUCAUCAGGUAGCAGUAGAUACAAAGAGAAGAAACAGGACAUUUGUCUUUCUUCAGGUCUGAAAGGUAACAUUAUACACAAGUCUACUAUAGCAAUAAAGUGGUGCC